UUAAUGUUUCCAAAAAAGAAUACAAAAACCCACAAGUCUUAUGAAUUAACUUUAACACAUGUCGAUAAGUACAUCAUUACUUAACUAAGCAUGUUAUUUACUGUUAAUGACAUUGAUUUUCCAAUUUAAACUUUAUAAUAAAAGAAUAAAGAUUCAAUCUAUCUAUCUGUCAGGACCUCAGGAAGAUCCACUUGAGUUCAGUGACGUCUCCACUAAACCCCUCAACAAAGCGCGUGACGAUCAUGAUCCAAAUCUCUCAUAACCAGCAAAACAAAAAACACUGAAUAAUUCGAAAACACAAACAAAAAUGGAAAAUCACAACUGGACCCAGCUAUGAUCGCGUGCCGGUGUUACCCAAUUUCGCAACAUAAAAGCCAAAUCAAAACCUAACCGAACAGAACAUAACAUCUCAAAAGUCAAAACGUUCUAAACAAAAUAAACCAAUGUACCAAGUUCAACUUAUACCCAUGACCCAUCGGUUAGUAGUAUAUAUAUACCCAUCGGUUACCUCAAAUUAUGACAAAUUCGGGUAGUAUCGAACCGGUAUCCGGUUUAAUCGGUCCAACUCCAUUCUAUCAAUUCCAUCACACAUAAAUAUAUACAUCUCUUUACCCCAUUUCUUCCAACACAACCUCUCUCACCCUCCGUCAAUGGAGAAAACCCUAGCUACCUCCCACACCAAACGCUCCUCUCCGUCACCUUCCACCACCGUGACCGCACGCCCCGACGGUUUCACUCGCAGAACAAGACAGAGAUUGUCAAAUGCAACGACGAGUGUAAGCGAGAGUGACGUAGAAGAUGAUGAUGAUGAAGAAGCAGUCGAGGAGAAGAUUGAGACUCUUCAGACAAUAGUUCCCGGAGGAACGGCGCUCGAAGUCGACGAGCUGUUUGAAGAGACGGCGAGUUACAUUUUGGCUCUGCAGUGUCAGAUCAAAGCCAUUAAAGUUCUCACUGCGUUUCUUGAGCGUUGUGACUAGAAUGAUGAUAUGAAGUUUGGAGGUUGAAGAUUAUCACAAACAAUAUGGAGUUCUCCCAAAUCAUUAAAAGAAAAAAAACAAAUUUCUCAUUUUUUAUUUAUUUAAAUUUACUUUAUUUUAUAUUAUUAUUUUUGAUUGUGACUCACUGGCGCCUAGCUCGAGUUCAUAAUUUUAUCUGAUGUUUUUUAUAUAUUUCGAAUAUUGCGGAAAACCGAGGAAAUCUAUACAUUUUCUUUCAAAAUUCGGACAUUAAUUAAG